AUGAAGUACGCAUACGCUCUCGCUGCCCUCGCCGCUGUCGUCGCCGCUCAGGUCGACCCUACCAUCAUCCCCGAGUGUGCUCGACAGUGCUUGAAGGAUGCCACGGCCUCGGCGACCAGUUGCAAGGAUGGCGAUUACGUUUGUACUUGUACACCCGCGAACAAGUCCGCCAUUCAGGCCGCCGCCACCAGCUGCGUCGUCGGAGCCUGCGGUGCCGGCGUUGCGCUGAACCAGGUCCUCCCCGCCUCCGACAAGCUUUGCGCCGCCGCCGCCGCCGGUGGUGGUGCAUUGUCCGCCAGCUCUGCCGCCUCCUCCUCGGCUGCGUCUGCCGCUUCUUCGGUCCCCCCCACCGAGGCUAGCGGCUCCUUGAGCCUUCCCGUCACCACAGCCGUCUCGACCGCCACUACUUCCCCCACCGCCACCGACGUUGUCAUCGUGUCGACCACCCGCGCCAGCAGCGGCACCGCUUCAGGUAACGCUGCUGCCACCACUUCGGCCGCCCAGGCUGGAGCCGCUGGUCUUGCCCCCAUCGGUGGUCUCGCAAUGCUUGUUCUCGGUGCUCUUGCUAUCUAA